AGAUGGACUGGCAGAUGCGUUAGAACUUGUAGUGCUAUCUCGCGUCCUAGAAAUAUAUAAACAAAACACACUUAAAAUGCGGUAAAAUAUAGCUGUAAAUGCCUGCAAGGUUAACAACUGUAAAAAUAAGUCGUUUAUUUUAAGUUACCAAGGUGUUGUCGGGUUCCUCCAAGGCGGAAGGAUAUUUGCGCCGUUUUAACGUGCGAUUUCAUAUGCACUGGAGUCGAGCAUGGAUGUUACUGAAGCCAUGGACAGCAGACCAGCACUUGCAGACUUGUCUCCCUCUCAGCAGAACACUGAAGCUGCGGAUGUGGAUUUCUCCAAACUCACCUCUUUACAGUUUGGGAUAUCAACAGACAGUUUCUUGCCGUCCUCUAAAAGUAAAGAUAAGUCCAGAGUGGCUCAGCUGAAGGCUAGGAGGAGAUCUACGAUUGGGCUCCGGGGAUCUCCAGAAACGAACUCGCUCAUCUGCUUCAGAGCCAGACAAGCUGCAAAAACACCUCCCCGAACACCACAGCUUUUACAGGGGAGUCCUUUUCUUUCACGCUGUGACUCUCUGAAGAAAAAGAUGGCUGCUUUCCAGUGUCUGAUGGAGGACGAUGAGGAGAAGGAUGAAUGGAAGAAAAAUGAGGAGAAUGAGAGUGCAAAAAGCACUUUGGCUAAGGAUUCCCAGAACGGGAAGGAAAACACACCGACAACACCUAGCCCACCCAUUUCAAUGACGCCUCCUGCCUCUAAGAAACGCUGCUGGGCCCCACCAGGGGAGUGUGAGGACAAGAUUACCAAGACGCCACUCCCCAACCCCACCGCUACAACACAGCAGGACCAAGGGGUUAAAUGUACCGGGUCUCAAAGCCAGAGGCCUCUAUCAGAUGUGGAUUCGGAUGCAAAGAAUGAGCUGCUUUCUUUACCCAUGCUGUCAAAACCAGAUAUAAAGCCAGCAGAUGAAAAUGUGGUCUCCUCUGUAUGCAAGAAGAAGCGUGUUCGUUUUGGGGCUCCACUAUCUCCAGAGUUCUUUGACAAAGCUCUCCCUCCCAGUACACCACUGCAGAAAGGAGGCACCCCGAGGUGUCCUCCAUCAUCUACUGGUCCUAAACGCUCUCUGCUGAAGACACCUCAAAGAUGUGAGCCCUCUCUUCCCCAACCUGACUUCAACAGCCCGCAAAGCAAUGGAGCCUCUCCUGUCUUGGUUAUUGACAGACGCAGCACCGGCCUUCUGUACAGCGAUGAAGUAUUUGAAGAGAUUGAAAAGAUCAGUUUUCCCAUUAUGGAGGAAGAGUCUCCCUCAAACCAGCUUCCAGGAAAAUGGAAAGAUGCACUCUUUGCUGAGGACACAUGGAAGCCCCAGGCUGAAGAAACUGAAGUUAUGAACGCUGCUUUUCAAGAGGAAGAGGAUGUACCAGCAAAUGUACAGACAGGGGAUGAGCGGCCAUGUACCACUGAUGAUCAGCCACUGGCUCUCUCUGUAGAGGCUGCAAUCUCAGAAAAGACACUUUCAUCCAACUCCAGCACUGAAGCAACUCGCUCUCGCGGUAGAAAAAGAAAGCAACCAGCCGAGAGUGAGCCUGAGAAAAGGAGAAGCUCACGUACAGCAGCAGUUUCUGCUUCAGGAAAGAUGAAGAAAACGACAGGAGCAAAGAGAAAAUUUGGAAAUAAAGAGGUGGAUCGUUCUCUCUAUGGGAAAAGAGACUAUGCCUCAAAAAACCCUCUGCUCAGCCCCAUAUUUGAGACAGCGUCUACCAGUUUCAACCUCACACCAACACAAAACCAAUCAGGAAAAAUAACAGAUGGAGACCAAAAUGGGAUUCAGAAACCCAGUGUUCCCCAAAGUAAGACACUUCGUCCCGUGGUAGGUCUGGGAACUGCCAGUACAUGGACCAAUGAGUCACCAAGCUCCAUUAUGACAGACUCGGAUAUAAAUGUGACUUGUUUGGAACACCAGGAUCUUGCAGAAAGACAAAACUCUAGGUCAAAAACCUCUAAAACUAAACGAGACUCAGGGAGACCAGUCCGCCAGCGUCGUAGCUCAGGUGCAGCCAAGAUAAAAAAGCUUGACAAUCCAACCAUUGACUCAACUACUGAAUCAGAUGCUGAAACUGUGGAGCAAGACACAGAGAGCCAAAAGUCCGCUGAAUCAGCAGGUAUGAGCUCAAUGUACCAUCAUGAGUGCUCUGAGAAGAGGGAAACUGAGGAAUUAAUGAGCUGUGAGGAAGCAAUUGAAGACUCUGUGAGCACUGAGAGGCUAGAACAGAAAACACCCAGCAAUAAAAGACCUGGACAGGGUCAAAAGGUGCAGAAAAGUCCUCAUGUAAUGAUCGAUGUUGUAAAAGUAGACGAGAUGGCUCUAUCUGAGGGCAUUGCAUUAGAGAGCAACACUGGACCCGCAGAGUCUGAUUUGGCACCCUGGCAGCAGGCCGACUUCAACAUCGACGACAUCCUUAAGCCUGUGGGGAAGAGUCGAGGUUCUGUGCGGCGCAGCUUGAGAAACCGAAGGAGCAUGGACCUGCAGGCUGUGGGUCUGGCCUGGGUGGAUCACACCUCACCAGAGCUGGUUAAAGCAAGUCGAAGGAGGACACGCGGAAGACUCAGUGGUGUUUCUGAACCAUUCAUCCCUCAACCCUCUGAAGAACUAACAACAAACUUGGGAGAGUAACUGGCCUCCAUCCCCUGGUGUCAGUUUAAAGGAACACUUGAUGGUUUUCUAGAAAUAGGCUCAUUUUACUAGUAGCCUAGAGUUAAGCAGUUGAGUAUUACCAUUUUUUAAUCAAUUUAGCUAAUCUUUGGGUCUGGUUGUACCACUUUUAACCUAGAUUAGCAUAAAUCAUUGAAUUGGAUUAGACCAUUUUCUUUAAAAAAGAUUUUGAUUAUUGUCCUAUUUAUUAGCCUGACUAUUCAUGCACUAAGACCACAGUGUAACUAUGGAGUUUUAUUGUACUACAAAGUUUCUUGAUUAUUUUGCUGGAAUGAGAGCAUAGUUACUAGUCAUGUUGACCUAGAAAAAAGUUCUUGGCUUUGGUACAUAACAUAUCUACAUAAUAGUCAAGUUUUAAAUAGGAGAUUUGUUUUGCUAAAUGUUUAAUCCGAUUCAAUGAUCUAUGCUAAACUAAAUGAAAAGUGCUCCUGCCAGAUUGGAUUUAAAAAUGGUACAAAUCAACUGUUUAACUCUAGGGAACUAAAAUGAGCCACCAAAAAAAAAGUGCAGCUUUCUUUUAAUGAUCAUAUUAUAAAUGAACUUUUAAUGCAUCUUAUUUUGCAUAUGAAUUGUUUUAACUUUAUAUUGGUUCUUUACUGUUUUUAGUGUUUACAGAUCACUCCUGACUCUUAAGAAGAUUGCAUAAUUGUUAGAUUACUUCUGCUCAUUAAAUCUUCUCUUGGAUGAAUGCUGCUGUUUGAAGGUGAUUUCCCUGUGGUAAUUAUUUAGUUUUACAUAAACACCAAUC